AAUCGAGGCUGGGCACUCGGGGCACAGGCCCAGGGACUUGGAAACAUUUGGAUCAAGUCAGAACUCAUUGCAGUAGAGUAGAGUGGCAGGUUCUGCGCUCGGCUCCCGGUUCUGGGCCGAAUAUUUCGGUGCAGUUUGUUCCUAUAAACGAUUAAUCUCCAAUCUCUGUCAGCAGCGUAUGCGUUUUGCAGCAAGCGUCUCCCUCCCCUCCGUCGCCGUCGCGUCACUGGCUCCCCUUGAGCACCCUUCUGCAGCUCGCUCCUUUCAAUCCUUUCGAGACACCUCUUCACCGAACUAGUCUCUUCUCACACCGAGACUACUCCUCACACAGUGGCCUACCAGCCCUCGUACGUUCGCUGGAACCGAUUGACUCACUGACUUUUUUUUGUCGACGCGAAAAUCGACCUAGUCCGAUCUCCUCACUGGCUAACCUCUUCUCGUCCAUCGCUACAAUUACCAGUCGGCGCCGCAAUUGCUUGCUGCACCAGUCGGCGCCGCUCCUUAUAUUUGUAGCGCCUAAAGAGUAGGCUACUUACCUCUGGCCUCAACCGGUCGCCGCCAUUCCUCGAGCACUUUAAACCUUCUCUCCGCGACUAGAGCAUUCCAAGUGUAGUCCUCUCUAUGUGAGAGUUAUUUCGUUAGGAUUUCUUUCAGCUCGAACCAAUUCGAAAACUCUCGCGUGAAGCCUCUCCUCUCCCCACGCGCGGAGUGACACGUGGCGAUGGGAGCGCACGUGUCGCGACAGGUGGACGGGCGGCUCGACGACCUCGAGGUGUAUCAGCGCGCAGUGGCCGCCACGUUCUCAGAGCGCUCCAAGGCGCCGUCCGACAGCGUCGAUGCGGCGCCGGGCAUUCAGCAGGCGCACCUGCUCGAGGCGUGCAGCGCGGUGCUGCAGCGGAUAUCGGCGGAAGUGGAUCCCCGCGCCGGCCGCGCCUGCCUCCGCGUGCCCACCCCGCGCGACCUCGACUUCGCGCUCUCCCGCCACUCCGCGCUGGCGCAGCUCCCCAUGCUCUCCUUCGCGGAGUUCGAGCGCGUCACGCGCUGCGUCUUAAAGCGCGUCGCCGCCGAUCGCGGGCGGCGCCUGCUGCUGUUCGUCGCGGGGGGGGUGGUGGCGGUGCAGAUGACGAAGAACACGAUUAGAAAGCUUCCGCUCGUCGGGGGGUUGGUGGCGGCGCUAGUGAGCGUGGUGUUUCCGACGUCGGUAGUCGGUCCAGCGUUAGGGGUGGCUGGGGCGCUGUACGUGGAGCAACCGCGACAGCUGCUGAACUGAGGGGAGAUAGGGAGAGGGGGGAACGGGAAUAGAGGGGAGGGGAGAAGGGGAGAAGAGGAGAAGGGGAGAAGAGGAGAAGGGGAGAAGGGGAGUGGGGAAGGGGAGGGGGGGGAAGGGGGGAAGGGGAGAGGGAAAGUGAGUUGUACAGGAGAAGGUCCAAUCUAAGGCGGGCAUGUGGCCAUUGCUCCCACGUUCCACUUUCUCACCCUGACCAUUUCGCCCUCUCCUAAUGUCAUCCCCUGCCAAUUUUCCAUGGUCGCUCAUCCUCCCUCAAUCACCCACCCUCUCAAUCGCCCACCUGCCUCAAUCGCCCAUCCUCCCACAUUGUACCAUGGUCACUCCCAAUUUACAUUUUCUUACCCAACUGCUUUCGUGCCCGUGCUCAACCUCGUCUCUUCCGCCCUUCUCCACUCAUUCCUCCACUGCCACCACAUGCACACCCACCCACCCAUUCCAUGAUCCCAUCUGCUCUGCCCCUCUUCAUCUGCACUUCAUCUGCAUGGUUUAAUUCCGAUUCCCACGUAUGGCUUUAAUCGCCAUAGGCAACCUGCUCGCUUGCUGCCUCACCUCUUGUGGGCAGUGCACAGUGUUGCUAUGGGGGGGAUAUAGGAGUACCUAGGACCUACCCAGUACCUGCUAGUAUGUAUAUUGCUGCACAUCAGCUGCAGCAUGUGGUGGUACGCUCUGCAAUUUAUCAGAAUGGUAGCAUUAGCACCGUCAGUGCUGCUGCCACUAGCCAUUGAUAGGUGGUAUGGCAUGGCAUGGCAGGCACUCUCCUCUCCAGGUAUUGAUUUAUGCACAGCUGCUCAUGCCAUUAGCUAUUAAUUGAAGGACAGCUGUGUAUGCCUGCUGUGACUGUAGUGUAGAAGCUCUAAUG